CGUGCUGCACUCCGGGGCUGGUUCCUAUUCAAAUGUGGGUCAGGGGUGAGGAAGCGUAACGUCAUAAGCUUGCAACAUGGCGUCCCGAAGGCUGUGAGAUGAGCAAGAGGAUGGUAAAGAACGCUUGAGAACCACCCUACCGAUGUAAGAAGCUUCAGGUGGCAUUCGUGUAGGAAGAGAGCAAGAAGGAAGGUGGAAAUGGAACUGCCAAAUCAUGCCAAACAACUGCUGCUGCAACUUAACCAACAGAGAGCCAAGGGUUUCCUGUGUGAUGUCAUCAUCGUGGUGGAGAAUGCGCUUUUCCGUGCCCACAAGAACAUCCUGGCGGCGAGCAGCAUCUACUUCAAAUCUUUGGUCCUCCACGAUAACCUCAUUAAUCUUGACACAGAGAUGGUCAAUCCCUCUGUGUUCAGGCAAGUUCUGGACUUCAUCUACACCGGUAAGCUGCUCUCCUCAACGGACCAGAGCAGUGAGCAGAAUUUCAGUGCCCUCUUAACUGCAGCCAGCUACCUCCAGCUCCAUGACCUCGCCGCCCUUUGCAGAAAGAAGCUCAAGCGCAGUGGUGCAAAACCCCUACCUGGUAAACCCUCCACUCCUGGUCCCCUGAGCCGCUUACGCCUCAAUAACCAGCGCCUUUCAUCUUCCACGCCUGCUGGGCCCAACAACCACUAUCAUCCCACCCCUUCAGACACCGACCAGCCACAGCCAGACGAAGGCCUUCGGGACAAGCUCUCGGAUGACGAAAUGUAUGUCGGCAGCUCCGGAAGGAACGGCACCGGCGGGAACGGCAGCAGUAACGGUAACCUCAGCAGCGGAGGAAGUGCGGGCGAGCCCGAUCUCGGGCUAGACCUGACCAAAAAGAGCCCUCCCUCGGCGGGCACAGUCACAGAUGCCCUGAGCCCCCACAGCAACUCCCAAGAAUCCCCUCAAUCUGCCUCAGUAUCCACAACCAACAGUGCCUCACUGGAUGACUCCUCGACCACCCUCCCCAGUGCUGAUAUUUGCAGCUCAGACGCCACUGAGCUGAACUGCACCUCUAAAGCCGAGGACACGCAGCACGACGGACCCCCGCCUCAAAAGAAGUAUCGUCAAGGUGGGCGCAAGAAUGAAUGGCCCAAGAAGGAGGCGUUGGGCUUGAAGUCUGAAGAUCACGACAGGCCUCUGGUUAAUGGGGUGAUAGUGGGGCCGAAAGAUGGUCGACCCGGCGGAGGCAGUGGUAGCAGCUUCAACUCUGACCAGACCCUCCAGUGCAAAGAUGAGGAAGAGGGAGGAGAGAACGGCCAGGACCACAGCGAAGAGAGCUGUCAGAGCGACGGAGAGAGUGCAGGGGGCAGAGCAGGAACAGGCCGGGGGCACCAGAACGCCAACUAUGUGUACCGCCAGGAAGGUUUCGAACCAGCAUUUGGAGACAACCUCUACGUGUGCAUUCCCUGUGGAAAAGGCUUCCCUAGCUCGGAGCAACUCAACGCUCACGUGGAGACGCACACGGAGGAUGAGCUGUACAUCAAAGAAGAAGUGGGGACUUGCGUAAAAGAGGAAGAUGAGGAGGAGGCCGAGGACCUCUCCACCCCCGUGGGCCCCUCCAACUUCAGCUCGGAGGCCCGCCCCUUCAAGUGUACCGUUUGCAAUAAGAGCUACAAGGACCCAGCGACGUUGCGCCAACACGAGAAGAGUCACUGGCUCACCCGGCCCUUCCCUUGCAAUAUCUGCGGCAAAAUGUUCACCCAGCGGGGCACCAUGACGCGCCACAUGCGCAGCCACCUCGGCCUCAAGCCCUUCGCCUGCGAAGAGUGCGGCAUGCGCUUCACCCGCCAGUACCGCCUGACGGAGCACAUGCGCGUGCACUCCGGGGAGAAGCCGUACGAAUGCCAGCUGUGCGGCGGGAAGUUCACCCAACAGCGCAACCUCAUCAGUCACCUGAGAAUGCACACCUCGCCCUCCUAGAAACGUAUCAAGCCAAAGAACGCUGGGAAUAGUAAAAAACAAACUCGCUCUACAAAGAAACGCACAUGUACAUGUUCAACACAGUUCUAUUACGUUCGGUUUACGACGGCCUGGCUGAGUGAGCGUUGUUGCCACACUGGGCGAUGGUGGUAAUGUCAGUUCUAGGAUUGUCUCGCCAUCAGUUUUAAGUGACAUACGCUCACCCCUCAGGAGUUCUAGCGGGACAGUUUACUCUUCUCUUUCUCUCAGCCCAAAGUUGUGAAGCUGUGGCGUCAUAGCUUUGUGACUUGUGGUCUUUCAAGGCCGAUAAAUGUGAAUGUGGGUACCAAUGUAAUGUCCAGCCCUUGUCACCUCUCGCCCUCCAACCCAAAAAAAGGUUUCCUCUCCUACCUUUUUAAGCUUUUUGCUGGUUGUCCACUGAACAAGAACUCAAAGAGUUCCUUCUGCUCUCCAGCACUAUUCUGACCAAAAAUAAAGAUUUGAAGAAACCAAUACUGGCAAUAACUUUGCAAAAAAUGUUAUUAUUAUUAUUAUUAUUUUUUUAACUCACAGCUUUAUAGCCUUUUUAUUUUAAGCGAUUAGGGCAUCUUGAUGUAAGACGAGGGGGGUGACUGGGUUUGGGACCAUCUCCAUGCUUUAACUGAUAGAAGGUUCUUAGGUGGGAUCACAUAGGGUCAAGUUUUAGUUGAACAGAGGACAAAUAUGCUAAAAUGUUCUCUCCAUUGCUGUUGACAGUAAAAUAGGUUGCCUCUUUUCCCUACUUGCCUGUUGGUGCACCUGGCAACCAAACCCAGUUGGGAAAGAGGACCGACACCUUGAGGUACUUGUUUUACUUAAAGAACUUAUGUUUCAGUGAAUGUUUAAACUGGAAGGUCUUGGGUUUUUCUUGUGGCGGGGAGGGAUUCGGGUUGGGAGGGGACUGUUUUUGAAGGGGCUAAUAAGAGGGUGUUUUAGACUGAACAAUACGUUCAGUGGGUACGUUUAUUUUGUCUGUAUAGCUUUUCUUCCCCUUGAGAAAAAAAAGUCUAUUUAUAUGGACUUGUGACCUCGCUACCUCUGAUUACUCUUAUGAACUCUAUAUGUUGAUUAGUUGAACGUUCCUAUGUAAUUAAUUGUAAAAAAUGUGUAGAUUAUCUUCACCUGAUGCUUUAACCUGCCCAUCUCUCAACACAGGUUUUUAACGCCCGUAGAUUUCUUUUAUAUUCUCUUUAGCAGUUGCGUCAACUCCAAAUAUAAUAUAGCUUUCUGGGCACCCUGCUCAAUGCGGUGCCUCCUCAAAAUGUACUGUAGCGUCUUUCCGAAGGCAAGUAAUGGUUAGUUGGUCUUGAUGUAGUGUGUUCCAAAGAACUUGCGAAUAUGGAGGACAGAGCUAACUAACAAACAUUGCUAGACACGUUCAAACCAAAGCUUUAAAAAAAAAAAAAAUGUACUUAAGAUAUAUAUAGCAUCCUAAAUUAUUCCACUUUUGAUUUUCCUUUAUUUUUCUUCUGUACAAUACAAAUUUAUGAAUGAUAUUCUAAGUCCAUAUAAAGAAAUCCACUUUUGAUGGAGUUUUGGCCAAUGACAGACUGAGGAAGGUUGUGGUGGUUUGCAAAGGAAAGCUUGUGCUGAUUGGUGGGCCGGUGAACUUUACCACCUUUUUUUUUUUUUUU